ACCAUCCCACCCCCUCCCCUCCCAAAACAAACCCAGCUCCAGGAUCUAAACCUGCUCCCAGGACAUGCCCGGAGUCCCGCGCGGGGGGAAGGAGCCGUGAGAGGGGCAGAAUCUGAUCCCGGAGCACCCAAAACCCGCGGUCACAGAUCAAGAUCCAACCAAGACCCCAAGGCCAUCCCACGAGCACUAUGAGGACUCCUGCCAGCAGCUCCACCGUUUGGUCCUGCCCAGCACCAACCACAGCUCCUGCUGCUCUGGGUGUCAUCCUGACUUUCCUCCUCUCCGGGGCUCAUGGCCAGACCCCCUGGGCUGUCCAGGAGAGCACCAUCCCCUCGGGGGGGCUCAGCCAGGAGCAGGCCUACAGCCUGGUGCAGCCCAGCCUCCUCCAGGACGCCGGGGGGUCCAACCUGUCGGAGAGCCUGCCCAGGAGCAGCGUGUCGGAGCCGCCGCUGCUGCCCGUGUGCGCCAAGCCCGCCGACAUCAGGCACGUCUUCAAGUACAUCAACACCAUCGUGUCCUGCACCAUCUUCGUCGUGGGCAUCAUCGGCAACUCCACCCUGCUGAGGAUCAUCUACAAGAACAAGUGCAUGAGGAACGGGCCCAACGUCCUCAUCGCCAGCCUGGCCCUCGGGGACCUCCUCUACAUCCUCAUCGCCCUGCCCAUCAACGUCUACAAGCUCUUGGCCAAGGACUGGCCCUUCGGAGUGCAGGUGUGCAAGCUGGUUCCCUUCAUCCAGAAAGCCUCCGUGGGCAUCACGGUCCUCAGCCUUUGUGCUCUCAGCAUCGACAGGUACCGAGCCGUGGCGUCCUGGAGCCGGAUCCAGGGGAUCGGGAUCCCCAUGUGGAAGGCGGUGGAGGUGGUGCUGAUCUGGGCCGUGGCCAUCGUGCUGGCGGUGCCCGAGGCCAUCGCCUUCGACAUGGUGGAGCUCAGCUACUGGGAGCAGCACCUGUGGGUGUGCAUGUUGGCCUCGGAGCAGAAAUCCCGCUUCAUGAUGUUCUACCGGGAUGUGAAGGACUGGUGGCUUUUCGGCUUCUAUUUCUGCCUGCCCCUGGUGUGCACUGGCAUCUUCUACACCCUCAUGUCCUGUGAGAUGCUGAGCAAGAGGAACGGCAUGAGGAUCGCCCUGAAUGACCACAUGAAACGGCGCCGGGAGGUGGCCAAGACCGUGUUCUGCCUGGUGGUGAUCUUCGCGCUCUGCUGGCUGCCCCUCCACCUCAGCCGCAUCCUCAAGAAGACCAUCUACGACCAGACGGACCCCAACAGAUGUGAACUGCUCAGCUUCCUCCUGGUGAUGGAUUACUUUGGGAUCAACAUGGCCUCCCUCAACUCCUGCAUCAACCCCGUGGCUCUCUACUUUGUCAGCAGGAAAUUUAAGAACUGCUUCCAGUCCUGCCUGUGCUGCUGGUGCCAGAGGCCCGCCCUGAGCAUCACCCCCACGGAUGAGAAGGGAUCAGUCGGGAAGUGGAAAGCCACGGGGCAGGAGCUGGGGCUGGACCGGAGCAGCUCCCGCCUGAGCAACAAGUACAGCUCCUCCUAAAUCCCAAAUCAAGGACAAGGCUCAGGGCCAGGACAGCAGGACCCCUCUGCUCCUCUCCCACGGCUCUUUCCUGGCUGGGCCUGAACCAUCUUUGCCUUCCCGUUGUGACCCACCUGGAAGGAGCCUCAGCAUUCCAUGGCCCCCCAGGCCCAGCUCUGGGCCCGGGCUCUGCCCCCCACCCUGCAGGAGGGGGAAGGGCACUCAGAUCCUGACAGGAUUUUUCAUUUCCUUGCAGGAAAACCAAAUGACUUGUGGCCAUUUGUGUCGGGGUGGAACGUGGGGCAGGAAAAAGGGAAGGAAGGUUUGGGAUGCGGUGGCUUUGAGAGGUGGAUGUGGGAUGAGGAGGAGGAGAGGGGAGAGGACCACGAGUGACAAUUCCCAGCUGGAAAAGGAAAAAAAGAGCUUAGGUUGCUGGGAGUGGGAGUCAGGAUGAGAUGCAGGGAGGGCUGGCAGUGGUGGGAACCCUCCUCCUGCUUGUGGUGGGGACAGUCCCUCAGCCUCUCCGUGUGACCAACCUGCCCCAGGGAGCCCUGAAAGCUCCCUUCUCUUCCCCUUUUCCUGGGAAUCCUGCCCCAGGCUCCUGAGCUGGGGGUGGUUUCACCCCCUCUGUGAGUGGCACAGGCAGGUUUGGGGACCAGGAGUCCCCAGGUGUCACUGGUGGGAACAUCCAGCCAGGCCAUCGGGUCCAGCUUGCCCUUCCCAGGGCCAAGGGGGCACCAGGAUGGCUGGGAAUGCUGUUCCUGCCAGGGAGGAGUUGGUAAGCCCAGGAAAAGGGAAGGCAGAGAUGGCUCCAGUCCAGGUGAGGCUGGUCCCAAGGAUCCAGCCCUCACCUUUCCAACCCCCUGGAAUCACCUCAUUCUCUGCUGGGAGGGUGGUAAGGGAUGGGAUCCAGGUGUGCCCCUCCAGGAAAGCAUCCAGCCUCCAUCCAGGCCCUGCAGCAGCUGGAAUGUCCUUCAGCCCAGGGCUCCUGGGAGGGGGUCCACCCGAUCCCGAGGGAAAAAGGGGUGGAAGAAGCUGGAUCUGAGCUCCAACGUGUCCUGGCCAAGUGCCACCAAGUUCCAUGGCGUUUGGGAGGGGACAGAGACGGCCUUGGGGUCAGCUGAAGGUGGAAAAGGCAGCAGGGAAGGUCCGAGCUCAGCUGAAAGAGCCUCUGGAACGAACCAAAAGAUGGCAAAGAUCGCCCCCAAAUUCACUCCUGACAAUCCCUGAGUGAUUUUCCAGCAAUUUUCAAUUGGACAGGGCUUGGAGCAACCUGGUCUGGUGGAAGGUGUCCCUGCCUGUGGCAGAGAUGAUCUAUAAGAUCCCCUCCAACCCCAAACCAAUCCACAAUUCCAUGUUUAUUUUAACAACCUCUUGCCAAAAGCGUAAGAAAACCUCCACGACAAAGUUUUAGUUACCCAGUUUUUGAUGAUUUUCUGUUGGGUUUCCCUUCUUUCUUAUCCCUUUUUUUAUUUCUUUCCCCUUCUCACCUUGCCAUGGAAAAAAAAAAAUGGAGAGAGGAAAACAGGAGAAAAGACUUGCAAUUAAAACAUUUUCCAGAUGUUGGGGUUUGGGUUUUUUUUAGCUGCAAAUGUUUUACAAACAAGUCAUAUUUCUGAAAGACAAAUGGGUUUCAAGGAAAGCAGAAGGUGAGGAAUAUGUAGACCAGCCUGUUUUCCAUACAUUUCCCAACCUACUGGAGUAAUUUGUGUCUGUGCUGCAGUGCUGCUGUUGGGCUCUGGCUGCAUUUGUUGGCAGCAAAAUGAAGUCAAAGGAGAAAAGUGAUAAAAACUGAGAUGUUCCAGCUCAGACACCUGGGUAUUUUUUAAUGAUUCUGCUUAUAAAAAGAUCAGAAUUCUGUGUA